AUGUAUCAUCCGACGAGAGGCGGUGUUCGUGGUGGUCGAGACCAGUUUAGUUGGGAUGAAGUGAAGGCUGAUAAACAUAGGGAGAACUAUUUGGGUCACAGUGUCAAGGCCCCUGUUGGACGAUGGCAAAAAGGUAAAGAUCUUAAUUGGUAUGCUAGAGAUAAGAAAAAAGGGGGUCCGAACACGGAUGCUAUCAAAGAGGAGAUUCAAAGAGUUAAGGAACAAGAGGAGCAAGCCAUGAGGGAGGCUCUGGGUUUGGCACCAAAGUCCUCUACAAGACCACAAGGCAAUCGCCUUGACAAGCAAGAGUUUAACGACCUUUUGAAAAGGGAAUCAACAGCCGAGGACUUGGGUGCAGGAAAGGCUGAUGCAGUGUGGGUUCACGGCCUUGGCUAUGCAAAGGCACCUCGACCUUGGGAAGAUCCCAGCACCCUUGCACCCACUCAGACAGAAGACGCAGGGCCAUCACGUCUGCCAGUAGAUGCACCAGCGAUCAAGACUGUUGAAAAUGUACCAAAAGAUACUGAGAGGAACCAAGAGAAGGAUAGGCACGAGGAAAGGAAGCCUGCGAAGAGAGAUAGGGAAGAGAGACAUGAAAGGCGUGAAAAACAUGAAAGGCGUGAGAAACGUGAGAGGCAUGAAAAGCGAGACACUCGUGAUUCUGAUGACAGGAAGAAGCACAAGAAAGAGAAGAAGGAUAGGAGGAGGAGGCAUGACUCUGAUUCCGAUUGA